AUGUCAACAGAUGGUUGUGUAAGAUAUGGUGAAAAUUAUGGUUUAAUAUUUUCACCGUCAGAUCAAAAUAUUGUUCAACUUGGUUGGGAGAAUGAAAGACCACAGACAAUGUUGGCUGCAGGUUGUCAAAGUUGUUUGAAUACAGUUGAGUUGAAUAUAAAAGAUGGUAAUGAAGUAGUUGCCACGGUAUGCAUUCAACCGGUAGCACGUUCAGUUUUUCAAAUAAUAAGCACUAAAUGUGGAAUGACUGACUGUGUUGUUAAAUAUGGUGAUAUUGUACAGUUUAGUUUAGCGAAUAAAAAUAUUAGUGAAGAACGUUUAUAUCUGGCUAGUGAUUUAGUCUCACCACUGUCUGCAAGUAGUAUGUCUGGACAUCAAAAAUUAUAUUUAACUACAAAUUGUUGUAGUUUUUUAACACAUUGGAAAAUUGUCUGCAAAGAACCGUCAAUGCGAUUAGAGACAGAAGGUUGUCCAGUUAAAUCGGAUAAGUAUGUUGUUAUAAAACAUGUUCAUACAAAUGAAGCAAUUGCAGUAGAAGAGAAAUAUCCAUAUAAUUCUUAUUUCGGUAGGGAGUAUGAAGCCAGCUGUCAUACGUAUUUAGAUGGACAUAAAUGUGAAAGAGAUUUAAAUCAUAUUUCAAUUGCUACAAUAAUACCGCCAAGAAAUGAUUGA